UUUCCUAUUUGAAGAAAAGUAAAUUGGCAUUAUAACCGCUGUCAUCUUUAUUGAUUUUAUUUAUGGAUUUUGAUAAGCAUAAAGUUGAUCCGACUUCAAAUCAAGAUGAUUACUACGGAACAGGAGGAUCGAGUUACAAGAAAGAUGAUCAUUAUUCAAAUAACCUAACGCAUAAUAAACCAUCUCCUCUCUUAGAUUUUGAUAACGAAGGUGACUACUAUGGCAAUGAGCCCUAUAGUAAAAAUAAACCAACCAAUUUCAACAAAGAAGAUAUUUACAGUAGUAAACCAGAACGAAAGGAAUCUCCAUACUUUGAAUCAUCCAACAACCAUAAUAAAGAUAUAAAAGCACACCAUAAAUCUGAAAAUACCGAAGGAGAAUUGAUCCAUUUGGAUGCGAUUAAGGAAAAGGUGAAGGAUUUAAUAUAUUGGAGAGAUGUAAGAAUCAGUGGAGGUAUGUUUGCUCUCUUUCUCUUAAUUCUCUUCACUCUUUCAUAUUUUUCCAUUAUUUCGGUUAUUGGUUAUGUUGGGCUAGCUUUAUUAGCUUGUUCCGUCGGACUUUACCUAUAUAGAAAUUUGAUGCAAACUCUGAACAAAACAAGGCAGGGCCAUGUUUUCAAAGAAUAUUUGGAUCAAGAUGUUGUUAUAUCUCCUGAAACCGGCAAAAAAAUUAGUACUAAAGUGAUAUCGCAACUUAACUACUUGAUUAAAAAGGCUCGUCAUAUAUUUUUGGUGGAAGAUGUUAUGGACACUGUUAAGUUUGGAUUUAUUCUUUGGGCAAUGACUUACGUUGGAGCUUACUUUAACGGACUUACUCUUUUUGUUCUAUUAUUUGUGUCGAUAUUCACUAUUCCUAAGAUUUAUUCCACUUAUAAGGUUCAAAUUAAUGAUGCUGCCAAUAAGGCUAAGGUUGUGAUUGACAAAAAUAAGGACAUCGCAUUGAGAAACAUUAAAGAUAAAGCUCAAAUCGUUAAAGAUAAAGUGUCAAAAUUGAAGAAAAAACAAUAACCUAUCAUUAUGAACUACAUGACUCUUUAACUUAUUCCAACUAUAAUUCUCUGUAAAGCUUAUUUUCAUUUUUGUAAUUUUAGCUUAUAGCCCUUUAUUUGCCUAUGAUUGUGAAACAAUAUUUAUAAUUUUAUUAGCCUCUCCAUUAUUUAUAUAUUUGCAAUACAUAUUAAAACCAUUAAAUUUAAUAAUUAUAUAUAAAGAAACCUUAGAAUACUAGAAAUUAUAUUAUUAUUUUUUGUUAUUUAUUCUUAUAAUUUUUACGAAAUCAUUUCUAUUUUAAGCCGCUGAAAAUUAUACAUUUUUGAAAAAAUCAAAAAUUUGAUCAAGUUACAAAAUAUGAUUAUUUUAUUUUUAAACUAUUCUUAAAAUAAAGUAAUACAAAUUACAAGCGUAAAUUAAUUUCUAUGGAUUUUUAGUUUAUUAUUAUAUUUCCACACAAAUUACAUAUUUAUAAAUAUCACACAGCAAUAUAUAAUAUAUUAAAAAUA